AUGAACUUCACCAACUUCACCAACCUCGCCUUCCUCCUCAUCGCCUCCCUGGCCUCCCAAGCCUGGGCAAUCGAUUGCAAUGGGCAGCCUUCGCAGGAGAACUGCUGUCUCGAUAAUGGUCAGACCUUCCACUGCGACCCACCGAGUGCUGCGAGUUGCGUCGGGCAACACUGGGAGUGUAAGCUGAAGAGAUUGAUUGUGUGA